UGACUUUUUCCCCAGCUUUCCGAAGUCUUAUUCUGAAAAGCCGAAGCAGCCGGAAGUGUCUGCUAAACUUUUCCAGCUGGACAAAGACAUUCUCACACAUCCAUGCACACAAACGCACUCGGUGAGACAAAGCAGCGGCAGACUAUGGUAGAGACGGAGGGCUGACACGGACCUGCAGCCUGCUCCACACCUCACUCCCUGACCUUUAGUCCUUUUAUUUUUUACAUUUGAUUUUUUUAUAUAUAUUUAGCACUGUCUGUUGAAGUGGCCAUGUCUGUGAACGAGGUCUACGUGUUCAGACCCUUCAAACUGAUCGCUCUCUUCUGCGUCUUCCUGGCUCUGUGUCUGGACGUGGUGGCUCUGCUGAGCCCAGCCUGGGUCACUGCGGACCAUUUCUCCCUGUCUCUGUGGGAGUCCUGCUCCCAGUCCCAGGCUCGAGAGCCGGGACAGGAGGCUCCGUGGAGCUGCUUCUCUACCCUCUCAUCCGGUAAGGAGCCGCUGCCUCCUCUUACUUCUACUCUCAGUGACGGAAUCUUUUUUUUUUCUUUUUCCGCACAGAUUAUUGUUGUUGAAAACUUUAAAGUUUCACCGAUGGCGUUAAAACACAGGGGCUGGUUCAACGGCUCACUCUCCCCCCUCCUCCCUCCUGUGAAUGGAGGUUCUGUUGCCCGCGUAGUGCCCGGCGCCGUGGCCACUCUGGCGGCCUUCAUGGCGGCCCUGGUCUCCCUGUGCCAGGGGACGCAGAGACAGCACUACCGCACGGUGGCUGUGUUUCUCUUCACUGCAGUGGUUCUUCAGGCCUGCGCUCUGGUCCUCUUCCCCAUCAAGUUCAUCGAUGGAACGGUUCUCCAGACGUACCACGAGUUCAACUGGGGCUACGGUCUGGGCUGGGGGGCCACCAUCUUCAUGCUGGGAGCAGGAAUCCUCUUCUGCCUACGGACGGACAUAUACGAGGACGCCAUGUACUGAGUCCUCUGCCACCACGCCCUCUACUGGAAGUACACACAUCACAGACGCAGAUGCACACACAGGAGGUGUGCUCCACCCCCCCCGUCCGCCCCCCCCGUCCACUCUGUUUUCCCCUCUCUCUCGGCCGCUCUGUUAUUUUUAGUCAACAUUCGUGGGUCUGAUUUAUGCCAGGGUUGUUUGAAAGGGACCUCCACCCCCACCACACACACACACACACACACACACACACACACACCUCGGCCUCGCUGCUUAUCAACAGCGAGGUGACGAAGCGCAGAGUGUCGUGGACCAGACGGAGUCUCCAGUGCCGGACAUUUUCAUUGGACGUUCGCCUGCAUUUCUCUCGUGCCAGAGAAACCAGACAGCGGGAUUGUGAUCGCACGAUGGAGGGACGUUUGAAAUGAAUUCAGUAUCUCGACAUUUCCUUUUUUAAUUUUUUUUUUUUCGCUUUUGAGGCAUUACAUGAUGACGAGCUUUUUUGUGUAUUUAUAGUAUUAUUACACUUUCAGGUAAAAAACUCUGAAAUCCUGAAAUCCUGCGUUAUGCUACAUACAUGCAGUCUAAAUAUAUAAUAUAUACUCAUUGGGAGUAUAGUCAGUAACAAAGUAAAGCCAGUAUUAGAGUAAUAACAUUUUGGGGUUUUUUUUACCUCCGUAAUUCCGUCAUAGUUCGGGGCUGCAUUUUAUCCUGAACUUGAAAAGUAUUCCUGAGGAUUACCACAGAAUUAAUAAACAAAUGACACCUCUUAAUCUAAACAUAUUUAUGUUCUAAAAGUUUAAUAGACAUCAGAUUCAACGUAAUUUUUUUUCUUUUUUUUUAGAAAUACGAGUACGUAACGACUUGUGCACACUAGUGUAUGUAUGAAUCGAAGCCUUCUGUUCUUAGAAGUGUAAAGUAGACGGCUGUAAAAUACGCUGGCGCUACAGUAGCAGCGAUUGGUAGUUUGCUUGGAAACCUGUGUUGUAAAUGUGUAUAAAGAGGAAUAAUACUACUAAUAAUAAUCCAGAUUAAAUGACGCGGCUGUAGAUUUGGGAGUUUGAUGAGUGUAAGUUAUUGUAGAUGAAGAUGUUAGUGUCACAUGUUAUUUAAAAUAAAAAAAUAAAAAAUAAAAACACAGGACUAAA